GAGUCAUGUCUGACUUGGAGACCAUCGAGCUAGCCACUCUGGGCCGACCCUUCCAGCUGGGGAUGCUGUAUGACUGUCGUAGAGAUGGACUCAUCCCAGGUAUCACUCUCUGGGAUUCUGAGGUGUUGCAGAAACACAUCAAUGUCCAUCCACAACCGAAUACUGACUUCGAAAUCAUUGCUUCAGACUCAACUGAAGACAAGUCAGAAGCUUUGAAUGUGUCUGCAUCUCUUGAGGCCAGUUUUCUUGGUGGCUUAGUCAGUGUGAAGGGUUCUGCUGAAUUCCUACAUGACAAAAAGACCUCAAAGCGUCAGUCUAGGGUUUCUCUGCAGUACCGUACCACCACUCACUUCGAGCAGUUGACCAUGGACCACCUGGGGGCAGGAAAUGUGAAACACUGUAAUGUCUUACUGGAGGGCUCUGCAACCCAUGUGGUGACUGGCCUGCUCUACGGAGCACAGGCCUUUUUCGUUUUUGACCAAGAGGUUUCCUCAGGAGAAAACCACCAGGACAUCCCUGUCACAUUUGAAGAUGCCUUCAGGGUGUAUGUUGGCAUGCCAAGUCGCCUAGGGGAGAAGGGAGAACAUGCCGUGCCCAUGACCGUCUAG